CUAAAUAUUUACUACACCAAAACAGAGGUCAUGCGCCCCUCUUCCUUUGCCUCCAUUUUCAACCCACUUUCCCGACGAAUUCACGGCAAAUUUUGUUUGAUUUUUAGCUUCAAUGGAUUGUUCGGAGAGUUCUAACGGAACCCAAUUCAAUCUGUAGUUUUGCAUUCACUCCUCUUCCUGUCCUUUUGGAUUUUUCUUCUUUUUUUUUCACGGCAGCAAAACUUUUUCCUUCUUUUUCGUUUUCCUAUUGGUUGGUGGUCUUUUUCCUUCUUCUAUCUGUAGUUGUUCGCGUUUUUCUGUAACUAACGAAGAAAAGAAAAGAACGAAGAACAGUGGAUUGUUGAGUUUCUUGGGAUUGUUGAAUAUUUUGAGGCCUUCUUUUUUCAAUUUUAUUGGUAAAGGAAUUUAGUGGGUAGCUCUUCUUCUUGAUAAAAAUUGUAUAUCCUUUUAGAGAUUGAGGGGGAAGAAGCGUAGCUGCGUAUGGGUAAGCAGGGGCCUUGCUACCAUUGUGGUGUUACAAGUACUCCUCUCUGGAGAAAUGGACCGCCAGACAAACCAGUAUUAUGCAAUGCAUGUGGUUCAAGAUGGAGAACAAAGGGUUCACUUACAAACUACAGACCAUUGCAUUGUCGUGGAGAAGCUGCAGAACCAGUGCAAUGCACAAUUCCUAAGAUGAAGCUUGUUCUACUUGAGACUAAAGAGAAGAAAUUGCACAAAAGAAAGUUGAAUGAAGUUGAGGAAGAAAGUGAAGAUGGAAGUAGUGAUUAUGAACCCCCUACUGAAAAGAACUUGGAGGAAGAUUCUAGUAACCGGUCUAGUUCUGGAUCUGCUAUAUCAUGUUCUGAAAGCUGUGCUCAAUUUGGUAGCGCAGAUGCAAUCGACUAUGCAGGUACAUCACAGUCCAUUGUAUGGGAUUCACUUAUUCCCUCCCGAAAGAGGACAUGUCUCAAUCGACGAAAGCCAAAGCCUUCCCCUGUUGAGAAACUGACAAAGGAUCUAUGUAGUAUAUUGCAUGAGCAAGAGUCAUCCCAUCUUUCUGUCUCCUCAGGGGAAGAUCUGCUUCUUGGAAAUGGAAAACCCAUGGUUUCUGUUGAGAUUGGCCAUGGUGGUGUUCUUAUUAAGCAUCCACGUUCAUCAGCUCUAGAAGAGGAAUCGGAGGCAAGCUCACAUGUUAUAGAAAACAAAGGUUGCACUGUUAGUGAAUCUUAUUCAAUCCUCGCCCUCCCCAUAUAUGCUCAAAACAAAGGAGCAGAUUGCACUGAAAUUAGCACUGAUAAAAUGAAGAGUGCCAUGGACCGUGGGCCAUAUGACCAUGCAAAAAGGGACAAAGUCUCCUAUGACAAGUUCCACAUUCUACAAAGCAGUUCAUCACCUCUCCGACUUGUAGACUUGAAGGAUAUUAUUAAUUAUGAAGAGUUCAUGGAACAUUUGACUCGUGAAGAGCAAGAGCAGUUGAUCAGAUACCUUCCUUCAGUUGAUAGUUCAAAAUUCCCUUCCAGCCUUAGGAAAAUGUUUGACAGUCCCUCUUUUAGGGAGACCUUAGAUACCUAUCAGCGGCUCCUUUCGGAUGGUGUCUUUGACCUCUCUUUCUCAGGGGCGAAUAUUGAAGCUUGUAAGGCUUUAAAGAGGCUUCUUUUGAUAGAAGCAACAAAAGCCAGAUGGCUUGAACUGUAUACUCGGUUCAAAGACAGUGCCACAGCAUCUGACUCAAAAAAUAAACAAGCUAUUGGAAAGGAUACAAACUUGCAACAUGGUUCCUUUGAAUAUGGCAAAUCAGUGCUCAUGAAGCAACCAAAUGAUGGCAAACUGUAUCAAAAUUUUUCAGAGCCAAAACACAAAAUAAAGAGCCCCAAUAGGUUGCAGAAAUGUGAAUCCGUGGAUCUGCCAUCUGCAAAAUCUCAUGUAAAUUCAUAUGCUAAGCAAGCAAAGGCCAAUUUUGAGGAGAAUGAAGCUGCUGUGUAUGAUGCAUCUUGCUUCAGUCCAAGAACCUUGUUUGUUUCUCCUCUGGACAGGAGCUCAGUGACACUGGAUCCUUUGCAAUUCCUGGAUGACUCAUCGGACCAAGAUUUAUUACUAGAUGUUCCUUCAAAUGUAUCAUUGCAGCAGGCUGAGCUGCUUGAUUGCAAUUUUUGGAAGAAAUCGUCAUCAACUCAUUCCUCAGCAGAGUCACAUGAUAAGCAAGGAAAUCAACCGUGAGUCUCAAUUGUCCUCUUUCUGGCCAAUGUAGGAGCAGCUUUGUGUGUUCCUGGAUCUUAAUGAUGUUAUAGGCUCCAAGACAGAGCAUCGAAAAUGUCAAGUGCGUUCAAAUUUGGAAAUCUCUUUGUACAUACUUGCAUGCAACACCAGGUGCAUUCUUGAUAGUUUCUCUUUUUGUUCACUUUGAAAGUUCUGGCUUAUGAUUUCAUACUGCACAUACGAGCUGGAUAUGGGCGAAUUUUGUAAAGUCCUUCCCAUAAGUGUAGGUUAGACUAAGUUGAGAAAAGUGGAUUCUCACGAGGAUAUAGUUUUGUAAAUAUUUUACGUCUACUUGUUUACAGGUGAAAACCAGAUUUUGUCUAUAAGCAGGCUUUGGAAUGUUACAUGGUUGACAUUUGAUUUGUGCAAAAAGUUGGAAAAGUUUCAUGCUUGGUCAGUUUUA